AUGAGCGCCGCGUCUCGGAGAUGUGUUUCCUACUCCCUUGUUUUUAGUUUCGUGGUCAUAUUGUUGGACACAAGGACAGAUGCAACGUUUGAAGGUUCCUCUAUGGGUGACCUGAGUCUGCCCUCUGGUCAGGAGCCGGAGGAGUCGCCUCGGGCGGUCGACGUCUCUGACGUCAAGGGAUCGGACGAAGGCCGCGCACUUAUCUCUCGACGGAAACGCAACAUCCUCUUCCCGAGCGGAGUCAAACUGUGUGCACAAGAGACCGCCCAGCAAGUCGUCGCCAACCACCUGAGCUACUUCCAGCUCAGAGUGUGCCAGGAGACCAUAUGGGAGGCUUUCAAGAUCUUCUGGGACCGCCUCCCGGAGCAAGAAGAGUACCAAAGCUGGAUGAGCCAAUGUCAGGAGAACACGGUCACGGCACAAGAUGUCGGCAGCUGCUUCAGCCAAUCGGAGGAGCAUCAGGACCUGGUUCAAAGGAGGAUGUCACUGCCGGGUUUGAAAAGCACUCCGACACAAGGAGCAGCGGACGAUGUUGAAGCUCCUGAACUCGAAGACGAAGACGAGGGAGAGAAGGUGCCGGAAGCAGCCGCCGUUGUCCCAGAGGUGGUGGAGAGUCCAAUGGACAACGACAUUGGGCUGGAGCAGGUGUUGGAGCUCAGCAUCCUCCUGACCGGAGAGACGUACAGCGACCACCUCAACGAUCCAGCCAGCCUCCAGCACCGAACCCUCAGCAGGCAGAUAGAGGACGCCCUGGAGGGGCUUCCUGGAUUUAGGAGUAUUUCUGUGCUGCACUUCAGGCCGGACGGCGUGCUGGUGGACUACUCCGUCACGGUGCUGGUGGAUGGAGCGCGGGUCAGCGCCGACCAGCUGGACUACCUGACCUCGCAGUCGAACCGGGUGGAGAACUCGUACCGCGAGGUCAUGGAGGUCAACAAUGUCGUCGGCGACGCCCGGCGUGACGACGAGCUGGAGGCCGCGUCUGAGUUUCCUGAGUCCGUCAACGCUGCAGACGGAGCCACGAUUGUCGCUGUCGAUGAGCCGCCAGAGGUCACGACCCCGGAAGAGGACACGGAGGUUGUCGACGACGACGACGACGACGACGACACCGCCGCCCUGCCUGAGCCCUCUGAAACCAACACGGUGGCGAACGCAGAGGAUGACGUCGUCGUCCUGGAGGAGAGUGCAGUUGUGUCUCCUGCUUCUGGCCUGACCACUGGUGCACCUCAAGCUGGCAGCAUUGAAGAGGAGGGUCUGCUGUUGUUGCCGGGCGACAUUCUGCAGACUCGUGCAGAAAACCCUCCACCAGAGGAGCUCCCAGCUGAGCUUCCCUCCCCUGAGCUGCCAGAGGGCGUCACACUGCCUCAACCACCGGUGGAGGUCGAGGCCUCUGGUUCGGGCACGGAGGACCCGCUGCGCCCAUCUACGCCGACAGACUACGUGUCUCUUGAGGAGACCGUCGCAGAAGAAGAUGUGCUGAUGGCAGCAGACGUAGCCGUAACGGCAGCGGGAGAAGAACCUACUGUCGCAGCUUUGGAAGAGGAGCGUCCGGAUGAGAUUGUUGUGAACGAGGCCGAGACCACAGAAGAAGGCCUUCCUGUCCUGGUCCCGACUCCCGAGGCCGUAGAUGUAGCGAGUGAAGCACCAGAGCCGGAUCUGCCUCCUGUCGGUGAAGACCCCGUGGAGGGCACAGAAGAGUCCGACCUCACAAAUGUCGCAGCUGCAGAUGAGGAAGUAGUAAAUCCCGAACGCCCCGCGGACGACGCAGACGUCGACACGGGGUCGACGCUUCCCGACGAACCCGUGUUUGAAGAGGGCGGCAUGGGGGACGCAACAGAGAGCGGCGGACGGGAGGUGAAGGAAGAGACUGCACCUGAAGCUCCUCCUGCAGAGGAAGAGGGCCCAGCAGCUCCGGAGACCUCCACGGAGGAUCUUAAAGAGGAGGAAAUCUUACAGGUCAACGAAGAUGAACUCGAGCGACCGGUGUCAGAUUCUCUGAGCCCAGCCGAGCCGACGGCCCUGCCUCCGGAGAGGGAGUCGCCUUUCACCCGUGUCUCUGACGUCGACCCUCCCUCUGAAGGGCAACCUGACGUCAUCAACCCUUCACUGGUGGAGAUCCAGACCACUAACCAGGGCUUGGACGAUGCCACCAUCGGAGAGCGAGACUACGACGUGAUCCACUACGGUUACGAUUUGAUUAACCACACGGAGGAGGGCAGCACCGGCGUGGCACACGGCACAGACCAAGUCAGUGUCGCCAUGCCUGCGAACCCCGGACGAGCGCUGAUGGUGUUCUUCAGCCUGCGGGUCACCAACAUGAUCUUUUCAGAUGAUCUCUUCAACAAGAGCUCCCCAGAGUACAAAGCUUUGGAGCAACGCUUCAUCGAGCUGCUCGUGCCCUACCUGCAGUCCAACCUGAGUAACUUUGAGAACCUGGAGAUCCUGAACUUCAGGAACGGGAGCAUCGUGGUCAACAGCCGGAUGAAAUUUGGCAAACCUGUGCCGCAAAGCGUCACCACCACAGUCUAUCUGAUCCUGGAGGACUUCUGUAACACAGCCUACCAGACCAUGAACCUGGCCAUCGAUAAGUACUCCCUGGACGUCGAGUCAGGUGACAAGGCCGACCCCUGUAAGUUCCAGGCGUGCAACGAGUACGCGGAGUGUAAAGUGAACAAGUGGUCGGGGGAGGGGGAGUGCGUCUGCAACGCCGGCUACUUCAGCGUGGAGGGCCUGCCAUGUCAGAGCAUCUGCGAGCUGCGGUCUGACUUUUGCCUCAACGACGGCAAGUGUGACAUCAUCCCCGGCCAGGGAGCCAUCUGCAGGUGUCGCGUCGGGGAGAACUGGUGGUACCGAGGAGAGCACUGCGAGGAGUAUGUGUCCGAGCCGCUGGUGGUCGGCAUAGCGAUCACCUCCGUAGCCGGAUUCCUAUUGGUGGCCUCCGUCGUCAUCUUCUUCCUCGCCAGGACGUUACGGGAUCAGUACGACAAGGACGAGUCGGAGGACCCCAUACGCCGAGCGGAGAGUCUCCCGUCUCUGGAAAGGGCGACCAAGUACAACCCCAUGUACGAGAGCGAGGCCACCACGGGCUACAGCCAUUACUACCGCCGCUACCCCGAUGCUCCCGUGCACAGCAGCUCCAGCGCCGAGGCCUCCACCGACUUCAGCAGCGAGGAGAUACGGCACAUCUACGAGAACAGUGAACUGACCAAGGAGGAAAUCCAAGACAGGAUACGCAUUGUGGAGCUCUACGCGAAGGACCGCCAGUUUGCAGACUUUGUACGGCAUCAUCAAGCUGUCGUGGAUACCCGCAGAGAGAGCUCCUCGACACACACAUGAAACUCACCUGUGAACAAACAAGAAACAAUGCGUUAGUAAAGUGAAGCGCCCAAUCAAGACUCUUCUCUUUCUUCAUCACGGCGCUGAGAAUCUGGACUCUUUAAGACGGACUGCUGCUCUUUAUUCUAGCUAGUCCGACCACCCCUCUCCGUGUCUGCCGGUGACCCUCAAACGUUCCUCCUUCCUUUGUGCCUUCUCUUGACCGGGUGAGCUGGUUGUGACAUGGCGUGAUGCUCAUCUCCUGGACGUCUUCCCUUUUGAGGCAACUGGACUGAAUCCUAUUACUUGAAAUGUUCAUCACAAUCCUCGGUAGUACUUUUUGUUUAGUGGGAAACUGGGAAUAAUCGGUUUUUUUUGUUUCAUCAUGUCAUAUCUGUCCAUACUUCAAGGGAGGAACUUAAAACUGUGAAUAUGUAUAUAGUGUUACUGUUAGGAUGUUUGCUAUUUAAGACGUUAAUCUCUACUUUCUUUUGUCUCUUCAAAGGUCAAAUUUACUCUUUAGAGUUUUCUCAGAGAGGUGCUGAGAAAGCUGUUUAAUCAAUGGUGCUUUCUAAUUUAAAAUGUAGUGGUCUAUAAUGAUUAAUUUGUACAAUUCAAAAGCAACACCAAUGGAUCAACCCUGUGUACAAGACAUAGAAAUAGUAAAGAAAUAGUUAAACCUUUUGGGGAAAAUACCCGUAUUCACUUUCUGGCUGAGACUUCAUUGAGAAGAUUGAUUGGAGCCUCAUAUCUGUCGGGUAAGGUACAGUCAGCAGCUGUUAGCUUAGCACAAAAAACAGAAGAAGGGAGAAACAGGUCCCCUGACUCCGCCCUGAGGUAAUAAGUACACAUGUUUUAAACAAACAAGAUAUAACGAGUUAAUACGUUUAGGAGGUGCUGGUAAAUGUAUUGUGUUAUGCUAAGCUAAACAGCUGCUUGCUGUAGCCCAAUAUCUAAACAGGCUAGCUGUUUCCCCCUGUUUCCAGUUUUUGUGCUAAGCUAAGAUAAACAUCUGCUUGAUGUAGCCCAAUAUCUAAACAGGAUAGCUGUUUCCAGUCUUUAUGCUAAGCUAAGCUAAACACCUGCUUGCUGUAGCCCAAUAUAUAUACACAGGUUAGCUGUUUCCAGUCUUUGUGCUAAGCUAAGUUAAACAGCUGCUUGCUUUAGCCCAAUAUCUAAAUCUUUGCAAGAAAGCAAAGAUGCGUUUCUUUCCAAAAUGUUCAACUAUUCCCUUGAGAUGGCCAAAAUGUAGUGCUAGUGUACGUAUUAUUAUUACUGUUCAUCAAUGUAAAAGCAGCCUUUCACAAUAUGAACAUUAUUCCAACAAUCUUUCUACUGGCAGGAGAUUUUUCCGCCUUUUUAACAGCUCCAUCGAUCAAAAGCUUUUUGGCGCGCACGUUUGUAAAGGUACGGCGUGGUAGACUCGAGAAAGUGAAAACAUGGUCGUGGAAGAAAGGCAGAGAGCAUGAACCCGAUUCAGAAUGAAGUGGGGGAAAAAAAAACGCUCUGGGGCAAGCAGCCGAAAGGGAUUCAUUCAAAUAUUCUUUAAGAUGUCAUGUGCAAUGCACCUGAAAGAACAGGAGCAGCGAGCUGAUGAACAACAUGCUCUGUUUGACGACCUCGAGCUGCGUCUCCAGCUGAAAAAAAGCUUCAAGGCUAGCAGCAAUUAUUUGAACAUAUGAACCGCCCCUGUGUUACUACUUGUUUGGCCACCGCACCGAUCCUCAAUCGCUCCUCAAUCGCUCCUCAAUCGCUCCUCAAUCGCUCCUCAAUCGCUCCUCAA